CUGGUGGUCUGACUGCGGAGAGGGAAAAGGGAGGAGAUACCUCACAGCUAACGAUAGCAGGCUACACAAACAAGAAAUAUUUCAGUAUAAUUUCGAUAAUUCAGUGACGAACGGAAUAUUUUUUAUGGUGACAGAGGACUUUAUUUUCCACUAUGCAAAAUGUUUUGCUAUAAAAGAACCCCACUGAAGGACCUGUAAAAACGAGAUACUAGCUAAUACCAAAAGGAGGAAAAGAGGCCUAUUUGUGUUCCUGGUGUCCUGGUGCAUCUCGCGCAGCCGGUGUAGCAAAUAUACUCCGCUGCUCUCUGGGGCUCUUAUUUACUACUCUGAUUAACAGAUUUGAUUCUAUGUUUUGACUUUGUUCAACCGUUCAUUGGCUUCACCAGGCGACCAGUUAUCGCAACCCGAAGCUGUCGCACAGUGGACUUAACUUGAAAAGAUUUUUGGAGCCAAAUCGGCCUGUUUUGGGUUUUUUUUCUCCAGCGGAGCCGCCAUGAAUCGCCACGGACAAUAACACAAUUUGAGCGUGCUUGUCUGUUCCACUGCCUACGUGCCCCGAAUGCGUGGGGAUUGGAUAAUGUGAGAUGUAAAGUGGACAGAUUUGAAUCAGCUAAAUAUUUUAUGGACAUUUUAGUUUAAAAUAAUACCAGGCUAAAUAAAAAUACGUUUUGACAAGCAAUAACGAAGCCAGAUUGAAUGUAAGUAGCUAGCUACGAUCUAGCAUAGGUAAUUAGAAAGCUAGUGUUGGUAGCUAGCUCGGCGGCUGAGGAAAGAGCGCCACCAAUGUAUUGUUGAAUCAUAACUCCAUGCCAAGACUGCCAGGUGUGAUUACAUGGGAAAUAAGUAACUUGACUUUUGGAAAUGUAAUUCCAUAAAUUCUUUUUUUAUUUUUCCAUAUUCUAAUGCACUUAAGUAGAUUGACAGUUUUUGUUGUCAUGCCAUGAUGCUAAUUUGGGCCUACUUCGUUCCGUGGAAGAGGGGGAAACGCUGAAAUGGAUUGGUAUUGAAGACCUUAGCUAGCCAUAAGUUUAAUUAUAAUUACGCCGAACACAGACCUAAUGCUUGUGCAUAGCAUGUGCGGUUUGUAGCUGGCUGGCUACUAAGCAAGUGGUAAAAGUUUGAUCCCAUAUCAUAUAUAUUAUUACACAAUCUGGAUCCACAGAAGCCAGCAACCAUCCUUUUGAGUCGUACAUCCAUGGUCCCUGCAAGGCAGGAACGCUCUCCCCUUCCCUGGACAAUACUACGGACACUACGGGAGUAGUAAGAACCUUUAUUAAACGACGACUUUGAAAUAUAGUCGUCCGUAGAACCGGGUUGUGCUUGUGUGUCUCGAUUUUCAUUUUUAUCUCCCGGAUUGGACGACUGGCGCGAGGCUGCUGAGAUGAACCCGGUGAAUGCGACCUCUCUCUACGUGUCCGCGUGUCGUUCGGUGCUGCAGUGCGACCCUCGCGACCCCCGGGCCCUCGCGGAGCUCUACAAGCUGCUCCCGUUCUUUCGCCAGUCUCUGUCCUGCCUCGUGUGUGGUAAUCUUCUGCAGGACCCCAUAGCUCCCACCAACUCGACGUGUCAGCACUAUGUUUGUCUGGGCUGUAAGGGCCGGAGGAUGCUGCUUAAGCCCUCUUGUAGCUGGUGCAAGGACUACUCUUGCUUUGAGGAGAACCAACAGCUUUCCCUGCUGGUCCACUGCUACAAGAAGCUGUGUCUCUACAUCACCCAGUCUCCGCUCGCCUCACACAUAGCCAGCGCGGCCAGCGAUUCGCCCGACCUCCAGGCCAUCCUCAACGAGGGCCUCUCAUUGGUGGAGAAUGAGCAGGAAGGGGAGGACACUUCGGAUUCGGCAAAUCAGUCGCCGGCACCUUCCACGUCCGACCUCCGGCGGGACGAAGCUCCUGCGGCCGAAAGGAGGCAGGAGGAGGGGGCCGUGAACGGUCUGCACAGCUGCAACGGCCUGGCCAGUUCGGACACGCUGUCAUCCGUCACCAUAGCGACGGGGCUAGGGGUUUUGAAGCAUGAGGGUUUCGGGGAGGAGUUGCCGGUUUGCGUCGCUGGGGAGGCGGGGCUGUGCGACAUCAGCACAUUUGGGGAGGAGCUCAAACACGGAGGAGGGCCGCUGUUGUUGAGCGUGGAGGAGGUUCUAAGGACCCUGGAGCCCGACCCCGAGCCGUCCCCCCAGUCAGACUGCCCUCUGUCCAGGCCCUUGUCCGGCCUCAACGGGCCUUACUACCCCUCCAUCCCCGAGGCCUCCCGCCUGACCUCCUCCCUCCCAUCGGAACCCAAGCCUCGCCUCCCCACUCCUCACCCCCAGCCCUCCCCUGCAGUCCCCCGCCUCCCCCCUCGUUGCCACCGCAAGCGCUCCCGCUCCGAGAGUGACAGUGAGAAGGUCUUGCCCCUCCCCAUUGCCAGCAUCCUCCAAGGCCCUUCCCUGGGCUCCACCAACCCCCCACACCACCCCAACCCCCCCACCGCCAGCGCCGCCGCCAACAAACGAGAGCCCAAGCAUCCCUCCGCCAUCGCCCCCCCUCACCUGGCCCCUGUGCCAAACGGAGGGCCUCCAAAAGUAGGCAAGACUGUGCUGGUGCCCAGCAAAGGGCUGAAGAACCACGGAGGGCCCAAAAAGGCCUACACCAAGGCCAGGCAGGGGGCCCCCAAACCCCGCGCUCAACCCCGCGACCGCCUCCCCACCCACCCCCACUCUCACCCCCACUCUCACCCCCCCAGCCCCUCCAAGCCUCUCUACAAGAAGCCUGUGGAGAAGAAAGGCUGCAAGUGUGGAAGGGCCACCCAGAACCCCUCUGUGUUGACCUGCAGGGGGCAGCGUUGUCCCUGCUACUCCAACCGCAAGGCGUGUCUGGACUGUAUCUGCCGGGGCUGCCAGAACUCCUACAUGGCCAACGGAGAGAAGAAGCUGGAGGCGUUUGCCGUGCCGGAGAAGGCCCUGGAGCAGACACGUCUCACGCUCGGCAUCAACCUCACCAGCAUCACCGCCGCCGCCCUGCGGAACCCGGCGACCAGCUCCCCGGGCAACGCCCUCAUCAACGUCACCACGGCAACCGGGGCCCCGGUCACGGCGGCCUUCCUGACGGGGGCAGGGCCCGACGACAGGGGCUUCGACGACUCGCUGGACAUGAGAUUUGACUGUUGAAGUCCCGUCUGCUCGUUGUUGCACCAUCCCCCCCCAUUGGACAGUGACUGACCAAUGGGGUGGUGCAGAAGGACCUGGAGGGGGGCGGAGCUAGAAUAAGGCAGCUACAGCGAAGGGCGGGAGGGAGCGUUCGGAUGAGAUCCCCCCUCGGACGAGAACCCCUCGAUCGCCCUGGAACUGAAACAUUCUUUCGGUCUUACAUACUGAUGCAGUGUGGACAGGAGAGUGGGGGAGAGGGAGAUCCUAACGUUACUGUAUGUUCAGAGAUUUCAUUUCUGGGGCUUAGCAGGAGUUUUGUUUUCUACAAUCAGUGAUGUGUACUAGAGCAUGAUGAUUUGCUGAGUCAGGGAGUUGACUGGGCCGUGUCUGUGCUCUCUGCUCCUUGGAUGUGCAAGACGGAAGGUUUUGGGGGCAAAGCUUGUUGGGCAAGAACGGAGCCCGAGACCUCAUUAGUGACUGGCUGUAAUUUAUGAAAACGUUUUUUUUGGUUUUGUUUUUGUACACAGACUUACCAAAAUUCCAUUUAAGAGGACAUUUUAUGAUAUAUUUUUUAAGUUACAUUAACAAAAUUUGCAGUAUUUAUUGGAUGUCGCCUAACAUAGGUAGCAUUGGGUGUCAACGGAUUGCCAGGAUCCCGCCCACUCCAGCUCUUAGCCUAUCAAGAUCCAGUCUGGACGAUUUCUGUCUAAAUUAUGUUGCUGUCCUGUUACUGCUAGUUUCUGCUGUCUCAAACUGUUUUUGUUUUCCCUUUGGGCAUUUAAAAACCUGUAAUAUAACUGUAACAUAUUUCCACAAAAAAGAAAAUCAAACCUA